AUGGCGGACACUGCUAGAGUUCCCAUGGAUGCCGACAGUUUCCUGUGUCACAGCCCGACAGGCUUCUCUGGCGGCCACAGUCGUGUGCUCAGUCCAUGCACUGGGCAGGCUGGAAGUGUCUCCUGGGCCUCCGUGUCGCUACUGCUGCUACUGCUGCUGCCGACCGCGCUGCUGUCGCCUGGGGUGGCUGCACGGCUCCUGCCCGACUGCUGUCGUCAAAAGACGUGCCCCUGCCGCCGCUACGAGCUGCUGCACCGCGGGGGCAAUCACGCGGGCGGCCUUCUCGUGCUGGGCAAGCGGCGAGCCGGGCCCCCGAACCUCCAGGGCCAGCUGCAGCACCUCCUGCAGGCCAGCGGCAAACACGCCACGGGCAUCCUGACCCUGGGCCGCCGCGCAGGCGCAGAGCCAGCGCCGCGCCCCUGCCCCCGGCGCCGCUAUCCCGCCGCGGCCGCCGUAUCCGUCGCGCCCCGGGGACAGUCCCGGAUCUGAGUCGUUCUUCGGGCCCUGUCCUGGCCCACCAAGAGUCAGCCGCUAGAAAAACGGCAAUAAAGACGAGUCUCCGUGCGUGUGGCUGGUCUCUGUUCCUGUCCUGCCCUCUUGAGGCGGCAGUGCGUCUUGCGAAGGCGGGAGGGCCUGGGAGCCUGGCUCUGGGGCACCAGCCUUAGCUUUUGCGUGGCUGAAUUGGAAACACUGUGGGUUGGGGAGCUCCCAGUGUCAGGCCCUGGAGCACGCAGAGAACCGCACACUUGCAUGCUCGGAUCGGGACAUGCGGGACUCCCACGAUGCUCUGCUAGGCAUUCUGUAGUGGGAACUUUACCCAGAGACGCGGAAGGGGAAGGAGAGAAGGAAAGGUUGCACAGGUCGGGCACAGUGCUCAUGCCUGUAAUCCCAGCGCUUUAAGAGGCCAAAGCAGGAGGAUCGCUUGAAGCAGGGAGUUCGAGACCAGCC